AGUGCCGGAAUGCUCUGUCGGACACUUGGCAGUUUCCUCAUCAGUUUCGUCGCUUCUGGUCUUGGAGCCCUGUUGGACCAUCGUACGGUUAUCGCUAUUACUAGCGUCAUCCCGCUGUGCUCGGCGUUGGUGGUCGUUGUUCACAGAAACGACGUGGAAACAAAUGAAGAAAUAACUUUCGAGAGUGCCCCUCAUUGCUGUGCUUUCCAUGCUUCGGAAAUC